GGAAUGAUGACUGAUCUCUACAUAUCCGUUCCCUUGGAGAAAAUGACUACCUUGGAGGGUGAUCUCUGUUACGUUGUUCCCUGCCGAGGUCCCUUCCUUUUCCAAACCCCACCCUACCCAGGCUCCAGCCUCCAAAUCUCCAGGAAUUUUCCAACCCAAAGUUGGCAACCUUAUAGCCCCCCUUUCAUCCCGCCUCUGUUUUGAAGCUACAGUGAAUGCAUGAAUACUGUGUGAAGUGUACGCUUGAUUUUUCUUAAUAUGUGUAGUCAAGCAAUUUUCAUGUUACAUGAAACGUGUAUGACUGAACGUGUGAUUUAAUCUCCACAUAUAUCCAGGUGCUGUUCCCCAGUUUCAUUUGUAAAGUGAACCUGUGUUGACUCCUUGCAAACAAGUGUAUGUGCAUUCUCCAAAAUGUGCCAUUCCUGUAUGCAAAGACUUGCAAAAUUAUGUUCACUUUGGGGCCCAUGAUAAGUAAGAGGAACCUCUCAGUACCAUCUUGUAAGAUUAAGAUUUGUAGGAGUCUUUGUGGCCAAACCCUGUGUUUGGGAUUCUUUGUAGUAAAUCACCUUGGUUUGUAUUUAUUUAAUGACAUUUUUAUUCCAUUCCUCCUCCAUGAUUUCUGCUCUCCCAAUUUUGUUGUUACAACAAUUCUGUGAGGUAACAUUGCAAGGACUAACUCGAGGCUAGUCAGUGAGCACAACUGCAUAAGAAUUUGGACUCAGGUCUGAGGCCAGCAUACACUGGUUCUUGUUUCUUGUUGGAAGUUAUGGAUGAGCAAAAUCUGGGCAGAAGAAAAUGAGAAUUACAAUAAAAUUACAUGAGGAAUAGGUAUAACUAUGAAAGUAUGAGGGGCAAGAAUGAUUUAAAUAGGAAAUGCGCAUUGCAUUUCUUAGUGAGGUCAGUUUUUUAUGAUCAUCCUAAAUUUAGUAGCUAAAACUUAUCCCAAUUUGCAUAGAAUAAAGCCUCACAAAGGAACAUAUAGGAUUGCUGCCUUAAUUUCUUCGGCCAUUUUGGUAAUGUUUUAUGAUAUUAAAAUGUGUGUGUUGGAACAUUGUCCUCUGGUUGCAACAGAUGGAUAGAUUGAUAUAUUCAGAGAGCAUGCUUUGGAAAGGCAACCACCCGUCCUAAGAACUCUGCUAUCAGGCUGGCUCUGCAGAACUUUGACAUGACCUACAGUGUGCAAUUUGGCAGUCUCUGGCCCUCAAUCCGUAUUGGCCUUCUCUCUGAGCAGAAAUACGGAGCUCUUUUCAACAAUUUCUCCAAUAUAGAGCAGGUCACCAAGGAACUGGAACAUCUGAAUGCUGUGGAUUUCAUUCGGGAAUCUCAGAAAGUAGUGCAAGAUCUGGAUUCCACAGCAGCGCAACAGGCUAGUGAACCAGCCAUGUCAACAGGAACUCUGCUUGUACCUGCUGAGUCCCAGCCACAGCCACUUCCUUCUCUUUCUACAUUACUCAGUCCCAACAUCAAAUGUUACACAUUCCCCAAAGGAGACAUCAGCCUCUUUCCUCCUGCCAGACCAGAUACACUUGGAAUCCUGGGCUACUAUCUCUUGGAUGCUGCAUCAGUCCUUCCUGUAUUGGCUCUCAAUAUGCAGCCUGGUGACUUAGUCCUUGACCUGUGCGCAGCACCAGGAGGGAAGAUGCUAGCACUUCUACAGACUGGAUGUUGUCGAGAGUUAGCAGCCAAUGAUAUCUCUACUUCUCGCACUGGCCGGUUGAAUGGAAUUCUCCGUAGCUACAUUCCCAAAAACAUUUGCGACCUAGUGCGAGUCACAUCGUGGGAUGGAAGGAAGUGGGGAGAUCUGGAGGCAAACACUUACGAUAGGGUACUCGUGGAUGUGCCAUGUACAAAUGAUCGGCAUUCAGUCAUGGAAGAGGAUAAUAACAUAUUCAAAAACAUGAGAAAAGGAGAGCGACAGAUGUUGCCAAUGCGCCAACUGGAGUUGCUUGUUGCUGGAAUCCUUGCUGCCAAGCCAGGGGGAGUGGUGGUGUACUCAACAUGUUCCUUGUCUCAGCUUCAAAAUGAGUAUGUGGUUGAGAGAGCGAUGGAGUUACUAAGCAUCCAGUAUAACAUCAGUGUCCAUGUUGAAGACUUGAGCAGUUUCCAGAGACUGUUUGAGGACACGUUUUAUUUCUUUCCAAACUGCCGACUUGGAGAGCUUGUCCUUCCCCACCUCCUAGCCAACUUUGGUCCCACAUAUUUUUGUAAAUUGCACAGAUUGGGAUAGAAUAGACAGAAUGUGCUAUAGAUAGAAGGAGGACAUGUACCCAGCUUUGUUUCUGACACCUGUUGUUCAGUGUUACUGGCAAGGAUGGGGAUAAUGAAACUUACAAAAAUGAAAGCUUGCACCGUUAUUUUGAGCAGAUUUAAUAAAAACAUUGUCCAACUA